AUGGAUAAGCUCAGCAAUGAGUUGCUCGCACUUAUCGUCGACCAGCUGGAGCUUCAGGGCCGCAUUGGUGCGUACGCCGCUAUCUCUCCCGCAUGGCAGAGCAAUAUCGAGAAACGUACCUUUGCGCGUAUCCGGCUGCAAAGCACAUCGUUGGCGCAAUUCAGCGAUAUCUUCUCCCGAUGUCCUCCACGACGUGUGCUUAUGCGGGAGCUGGAUUUCUCAGUUGUUCUUCACGAACCCGGCCGCAAGCGCCCCGAACGCAUAAGAAACCAGAUCAUGUUCCGAGCUGCUGUCACGUCUUUGCUGGCCGUACUCAAGCAAUGGGACGACGAGGAGGAAGCGGCUGGUAACAUGCCGGUUUCGUUGUAUCUCAUCCUCCAGCCCUCGCCCGUCGUUCUUGAUGCUACCGCCUGCUCUACAGACCUCCCGGUGCCAGACGAGCUCAAGUCAGAUCCUUGGCUAGCCCACCGGUACCUGGCUCUUUCACCAGAGUCAAAUCUCAACUUAUACUCCCCUAUACGGCGCGUUAAGAGAUAUUUAGUAUAUGACGGUGAACCGUGUCAUAUACACCCGGCCACCAUGUGCCAGACUGCUGGUCUGUUCACGCGGCUGGAGCAAUUGGAGCUUAAGUGGUGGGACCCAGACUUAAGAUACAGCACCAAUCUUACCGACGAGGACGGGGUCGACCAGCUCUGCGCUGCAAUACGGCGACUGGCCCAGCCUACUGUCGUAAGCCUGACUUUGGAAAAUUUCCUUAUUUCCUCAGAUCUGUUCGAGGAUCGUAUAAACAACUGCCCAACCGAUACCUCAGAUACAUGGCAUGCCCUCGAGUCGUUAUGGAUCAGUGGCUCACCCGUCGCGCCAAAUGGGCACUGGUACUUUACUGGCGACCCCUUGCGGUACUCGCCGGAUUAUGAGGCAUCCAGUCCCAUCUCCGAUAGCGACAAUGAAAUAGAUACAGAAUCGGAGGCAAGCGACGAGUGCGAUAACCAGCAUGACAAAUAUCGUCAGGAAAACGGUAGGCUUCCGUUUCAUCAGUGGCGUCUUCAAGUAGAUUCAGACACAAUGGAUCCGCUACUACACAGCUACACGGAUGCGAUUCUACACCUUGGGUGUGAUAGCAAAGGUCACCCUACAAAACCCGAUAAACGGUGGUGGGACAUAUUUGUCUAUGCAGUCGGCCAGUGGCUAGUGCCGGGUAGCCUGUUUGAGAAGUGGGAGGAGUGGGCAGGGGAGAAGGGAAUGGUACACAUGCGGAUAUGCGAUGCAAGUGACAGCUGGUAG